AUGCCAGUACCAAGAUCCUACAAGCUUUCAAGCGGCCACCUUUUGCCUAGUAUUGGAUUGGGUACUUACGACAUUCCCAGAAGUGAGACGACAGAAAUAGUAUACCAGGCCCUCAAGGCCGGAUAUCGCCACUUGGACACAGCCGUGUUGUAUGGGAACGAGUAUGAAGUAGCGCAAGGAAUUGAUAAAUGGCUCCAGGAAGAUCCAACCACAAACAAGCGAGCAGAUGUUUUCUAUACAACAAAGCUUUGGAAUUCACAGAACGGGUAUAGUAAUGCCAAGCGUGCGAUCCAGGAGUGCAUGCAAAAGGCCAGUCCAUUGGGGUAUAUCGACUUGUUGCUGAUCCACUCACCGCUGAGUGGACCGAAGCGCAGGCUAGAGACCUACAAAGCUAUCCAGGAGGCUGUAGACACAGGUAUCGUGAAGGCCAUCGGUGUCUCCAAUUACGGCAAACAGCACAUCGAUGAGCUUCUGUCGUGGCCAGAGCUCAAGCAUAAGCCGGUGGUGAAUCAGAUCGAGAUCUCGCCGUGGAUCAUGCGUCAGGAGCUCGCAGACUAUUGCAAGUCGAAGGGCCUGGUAGUUGAAGCAUUUUCGCCGCUGACGCAUGGCUACAAACUUAAGCAUCCCAACGUACUGCAAGUUGCGAAAGAAACCGGCUACGAUGCGGGCCAGGUUUUGAUAAGGUGGUCGCUGCAGCAUGGCUAUGUGCCCCUGCCCAAGUCCCGCUCGGUAACAAGGUUGACGGGUAAUUUAGAAGCCUACAAUUUUGAACUCACGCCAGAGCAGGUAGCUUUCUUGGACCAGCCAGAGGCUUAUGAACCUACCGACUGGGAGUGUACUGACGCGCCCUAA